AUGGAUAUUGACAUGGACAUUGACCUGGGCCCCCUUCACGAAACCGAACCCUUUGAGACUGAACAGGCGCUGGUGACCAGUGCUGCCUACGAUGAAGCGACGGAUCCCAUUGCUGCAGAAGCACAGUACGAAAAAGUACACGUUCGCGGUGUCGACGAGCUGACAACCGAUAAUAUCAAGCAAUUCGCCCUCGAGCACUUCAGUCUAGAGGAACCAAGCCGUGUCGAGUGGAUUGAUGACACAUCGGCAAAUCUCAUAUACUCUACGGCGGAGAUUGGCCUCCAGGCUUUGACGGCAUUUACGCAGGUGAAUGAGGAGGAAGAUGCAUCGACGUUGCCCGCUCUACGGUUACGAUCCGCGAAGCUUCUAUCGUCCCACCCCGAUUCUGUGCUCCAGGUCAGAUCAGCGAUCAAGACGGACCGCAAAAAGCCUCGCGCGCACGAAGCCAGUCGGUUUUACCUCAUGCACCCGGAACAUGACCCCCGGGAACGCCUACGACGAGAGCUUUCCGAUAGACGACGUUCAGUAGGUGGAGAUAGCAGCGAUGGGGAUUACCGGCGCCGGCGGUUUGACGGUCGGGAGCUGCGCCGACGGAGGGAUCGCGAUGCAGACGAGAGCUUCAGUGCUAAUAUGUACGACGACGCAAAGCCUGCCAGUCCCGAGCGCUUGGAACCAGGCUGCAGUCGCGAUAGACGGGGAAGGAGAGGGGGAAAUGAGCUAUUCCCAGAAGAAGGACGCCUGUCGGGCCGCCUUCGCAAUCGGAGCGCGUCACCCGGUCGAGACACGCUGAUGGAAGAAGGAUUUGUUGAGCACGAUCGACAGGACUCUCGCCGACGGUUCCGGGAGCGGUCGCCCCAGCUCGACCGCCGCAAUAAAGGCAAGGAGCUCUUCCCAUCGUCCGGGCCCAAGUCCACCGAUUCGAAUACGCGGGAGCUAUUCCCCAACCGAACGGCCAAAGAGCUCUUCCCCCAGAAAGUUAGUAAUCAUCGCCGGUCGGAUGCGAUCGACGUCGCGGAUGAGACAGCAGAUCUUCUCUCACGACGGAUUUCCGUCCCUUUCGUUGAUGGAGCUCAGGAACAGCCACCUGCGCGUCGAAAGCGAGACAUUGAGCUCUUCCCUGGGACGACCGAGAGAAGCGGGCUCAACAUUCGCAGGGCAGCAGGACAGGAUCAGGGCAUGUCGAUUCGGGGUGCGGCGAACGGCUUUUCCAUCAAGGGACGGGGAGCAUCGGUUCGCGAGCUUUUCCCCUCCAAGUACGGUUCCAAUGCUGGCUCCAAUGCUGGCAAGGAACUGUUCUCUGACAAGAUUGAGGGACGCGGGGGACCACGGCGCAGAGCGGAGGACAUGUUUAGCUGA